CUUGGUAUUCACGUAGUGACGUGAUUUUGAGUUCGACAGUAGAUUUCUCAGUAUGGAUAGGUUGUAUUUUAAAGAUAAAAAUGAUUGUUCUAAAGAAAUUGCGCUGUAUCCGCAUACCACAUGGAAAGGAACCAGGCUGUAUGAUGGGGACUCGAAGACUGAGUAUAGGAGUGAAACUGCCUAUCUUACUCCAUCACAUUUGUAUUUCUCGUCUAACGAUAGACCCGCAAUGAACAUGGUGCUAGACUUGAAAUAUAUUGUUCUUGUAGAAGAAGAAGUUGGCAACAUACUAAAAAGUAGUAAAAUUAUACUUCAUCUUCUCCCAUGUGUCAGUGAACAACAUUCCAAGCCCUAUGCAAGAAGUUCGGCAUCAUUUAUUAAACUAGCAUUUUCAGAUAGUGUUCUAAGCAAUUUUAAAACCUGCAUUCAAAAGCAUCUCCUAGAAAGGGCAUGGGAAAAAAACACUGAAAAUUCUUCUACAUCUCAUUCAGCUCCAAUGGCGUUCAGAUCAGGAAUUGUCGGCAUUGAAAGGCGUCUACAAGAAAAGGUUGAAAGUAAUUCAUCCAGUAUACAGGUUGCAUUUCAAGACAUGAAAAACCUGAUUGACAUGGCCAAAGAUAUGGUCCAUUUAGCUAAUGUUAUGUCAAACAAAAUCAAAGAUCGUCAUGGAGACAUCAGUGAUGACGAAACAGUAAAAUUCAAAUCAUACUUGUUGAGUCUCGGAAUUGAAGAUCCAGUCACAAGAAAUGCUUGCUCCUCCAGCGAUAUGUUUUGCCAACAUCUAGCCAAAGAAAUAGCAACGUUUUUGCUAAGACCAAUCUCGGAUUCCGGUGGUUUUAUGUCUUUAAGCGACGCGUAUUGUCGUGUUAAUCGAGCACGUGGAUUUGAAUUGUUGUCUCCGGAAGAUUUUUUUCAGGCGUGUAAUUAUAUGGAACAAUUAAACUUGCCUCUAACUUUCCGCAAGUUUGAAAGCGGUGUGUUAGUGCUUCAGCUACAAUCCGAAGCAAAUUCGCAACUUGAGAAAGAUACCGAGACGUUGUUACAGGCUAGGCAAAAGUUAACAGCAUUUGAUGUGUCACAAGAAUUUGGGAUAUCUAUUGUGUUAGCUGCUGAAUGUCUUUACACUAUGGAGAGGAAAGGAGUCGUGUGCAGGGAUGAUACAGUCCGUGGCCUGUUGUUCUACCAUAAUGAAUUCUCUAGUCGUACGCAGAUUAUUUGUUAAAGCGACACUUGCAUAAG